UCGUCCUUUGACUAGCAAUCAAACUAAGAUUUAGCACCAAAACAGAGAUCAAUCAUAUGCUGCAAACUUGGGGUAUAGGAUUCAAUACUAAGCCGAGAGACUCUAGAAACCCACCAUCACCCCUUCUUUGAGUGUAAUUACGCUUCUAGAAUCUGAUCUGGUAUGAUGCAUCAGGUUCAUAAAAUGGUAGCCAAGGUCCUGUCUCGACUUCACCAAUUUGGCAGCACAACAGUGGCAGGGGAAGAAAACUCAGUCCUGCAACAAGAGUUUAUCUUCUUUGGAAGGAGAGGAACGAAAGAGUUUUCAGUGAACAGUUUAGAGAUUGCAACGCACUCGCAUACCAUCAUGCAAACCAUCCAAGAGAGAUUGGUGUCACUAACGUCCAAGAAUUCAGUCAGGAACCAGCUAUCUGAAUUGGCCAUUAUACGACAUAACAAAAAUAAAAAUAAGAACAAAAUAGUUACCUACCCCCUGUGGAAACUACCUCAAUGGUGGCCCACGCUACAACUCACCUUCCCCAAACAACAUAACUCCACCCCACCAUCGACACUAUAACCAUAGAAACACAAACUCAUUUUCUACGCCCGCUAUCAGACGACUAAAAUCACCACAACCCCAACCCAAACCCAGAGUGAUCUUCUGCAACACCAUCUCCCCUAGCCAAAACCAACCAUAAUAUCAAAACCCAAACCCAUAUAUGUAUAGUCUAGGGGUGGUCGGGUGCCAAUAGGAGAAGCAAAAGGCAAAGGAACAACAUGAGGUAGGAGGAAAAGCCAAAGUGGGGACAGGUUACUGGAAGGGGGUUUGACUGAGGUUGAGGAACGCCUAAUAAGGGACAAGAGGGGAUUCGACGAGAGAAGGAGGAGGCA